UAACUUUUUGAUUCAAUGGAGUGUUUUUCUUCACCAGGCUGGUUUUCCAUAUCUACACCUUCUUUUCUUGGACUGAAAAGUAAGAAUAAACUUAGUUUGAAUAGAAAAUGUAGAAGCUUUAACAAAGAUGGAAGUAGGUGUAUGAGUAUGAGCCAGAGAGCAGAUGAAAGCUCUGGUUUUUCUUACAAGAAGUUGAUUCAUUUUGCUUUAGAAGAAACCAACACACGUACCCUUUUGGCCCCUUCUCCAUUGCAGGAGAAAUACAGUUCUUUAUUGGCCAUGGAUGACAAAACGGAACUACAAAUGCUUUCUUUUGAAGCCCCUAAAAUUCGACUCCUUCGGAGUCUAUGUAUUGAAGGGAGUGACGGCAUGCAGGUAUUGGAUUUUGCUGCAUUCCCAAAACCGGAAUUUGAUCUGCCUAUCUUCUGUGCCAACUUUUUCACUACUGCUAAGAUGAACAUAAUUGUACUGGACCUCAACCCAUUGCAUGACAUCAUGGAUCAAGAAGAUUACAAGGAGAAGUACUAUAAAGACUUGAUUCCUCUAGGCCUCAAGUAUUCUGAGCUUUUACCCUGGGGAGGGAAGCUCACCAGCGAGUCUCUGAGAUUUUUUUCACCAAUAGUCAUAUGGACAAGAUUCUCAUCUAGUCCACACAACCAUUCAGUUUUAUUUUCUGCAUUCAAGGAAUAUUACCAGGCAUGGCUUGAGCUAAUGGAUAGAUCAGACGAGGAAACUGAUGCUUUCCAAAUCGCUCUCAAUUGUGAAGCUCAGCAUAAAUAUUUGACAUGGAGAUCCGAAAAAGAUCCAGGACAUGGAGUUCUGAAAAGACUGAUAGGGGAAGAUCUUGCCAAGAAUGUGAUUAGGGAAUUCCUAUUCAAUGGUGUUAGUGAUCUUGGGAGCAAAACAUUUCUUGAUUACUUUCCUGAGUACAGAUGUGAAGAUGGUAAAGUAAAUGAAAAGCGCAGUAUGAUCGGAAAAUCAUUCGAAAAUCGACCAUGGAAUGCGAGAGGAGAAUUCAUAGGUGAUAGAGUUAAGAUAGUCUGAUGUAAUAUUUACAAAUUUUUAUUUUCUUUACAUCGUAUCUGUCAAUUAGCCGAUCCCAACUUGUAUGGGAUUUAGUAGUAGUAGCAGCAGCAACUGUUGUUGUAGUUGUCGUUGUUGUAGUAGUAGUAGUCGUCUCUGUCAAUGUCAAUCUUGACAGUUUGAUGCAG